AUGGCGUGGCCUCUGGCGCCCUACAAAAUACGUCUCUUGCCACUAGAGCUCCUGGCAGAACCGCAUAGUGGCGAUGUGAGCAGUGAUGGGCGCAUACGCAAUCCUAUCCCGAGCAAGCUGCUUGACAGCGCAACUGAGAAGGACGGGAAUUUUGCUGUCAUGCACAUGGAUGUGGGCAAUCCGGUCAUGGACGCCAGAUCGAUGGCUGCAAAGCGCACCAGCGAACUGACACAGGCCGCCGCUAUGCAAGCAAACAAGAAUGGCUACCAGCCUGUGAAGCGUAGUAGGCUCGUCUGGAACACGCCCUUCCACGAUCACCAGCAGCGUCCCAAAUCCCACGAACCUGCAUCACCACACCCACUACCCCAGUCGCUCUCUCCAGUAGCUGUGAAAGCUGAGCAAGCUCGAAUCUUAACGCUCCUACGUAGCAUACACCCAGUCAUCGUUGUGGAUCAGCUUUGCAAGGCGAUGGCUUAUUUCGGUGGCAUCCCUGGAGCUCCUCCUCCACCAAACAAUGCGUACCCUGAAAGCGACAAGAGGAAUGGUUCAGGGGCGCUCUUCAUCGGCUGGCUGUCAGAGAUCUUCCCACCUGCUGACUUCACCAAACCUCCAUUUGCACCGCCGGUGUCUGAACCUCCCGCAGAUUCCUACCAGCCCAGUCCAGUCACUAAUGCCCCCAGUGGCGAAGAUCACACUACAGAUGCUGGAGCUCAUGGGGAUGACCACUCUGAACCACAGCCUCCUGCUGCAUGGAAGGACCGAGUCCGUCAACGAAACCCGUUAACCCCUAGAAGACCCCGAGGACGGCCAAAAGGAAGCAAGAGCUCCAAGGUGCGGAAGGACAAGGGAAUAAAGAAGGGGAGCCGUGUGUCCGACGCUGCUUUCGCCAAUGCCCACAUAUCUGCUUCCAAUUUCAGUGGGAGUAUGGAAAGUCAGGGUGACUCGAGCCAGAAUCCAACGUCAACCCAAGUCCCCGGUGACCCUAGCCAUCAUUUUAUGAGCUCGCAGUUUACAGCGACGCCAACGCAGCCUUCCGAGCCAAGUCCCCAGAAAGCGGAUGAUCAGGCUAACAAGCGGAAAGCCGCAGUUCAGGGUGGGGAGAAUCAGUAUUUGCCAGUUCAGACGAAUAGCCAAGGGCAAUCAACUAGAUCUCAACAACCGCAGGAAAUGCCAGGAUUACAAGCAGUACAGAACAAACGGCCGCGUUUAUCCCAAGAUCCUAGCGAGUCUGCAAUAGUCAGUCCAACGGAUAGCAUCAACGGGCGAGCACCAACGACUCUAACUACCCCAGCCUCCCAAGAUGCAGCUUCUUCUGGUAGCACUUCACACAACCCGGUAAACUAUGACCUCAGUCCCACCGUUAGUUCCAUGUCUGUACAGUCAGCGCAGCCACAAUAUCAACAAUCUCAAGCUUCACAGCAACAACAGCAGAUGCAAGAGCAAGGGCCAGCAAACGUGGGCUUUAGCAGAAUAGCCAAAGGGCCGGCGCAACCCUUUGGUUCCCAACAACCACAACAGGGCGUUCGCGAGAGAUCCACUCAGAACAGACAAGCCUUUUACAACCAGCAGCAACAGCAUAAUCAACAACGGGCACAGCACUAUCAGCAACUCCAGAACCAACACCAAUUCGCACAGCUUAAAGCUGCCUCGAAUAUCAUGGAAUCCUCCCAAGCGAGCAACGCAUCCCCGGGGAGCUCACCCACCGAGAUCCGCCGGCCGAAUCCUUCGGUCCCUGCAGCCCAGAUGACCGCGGGCUAUCCAGCUGCUUACUCCAGCGAUUCCGCAUUCAUGGCCAUGGAGUAUGCCAUGAGCGCUAACAGGGCCGUCGAGCAAGGCCAUGAUGCGUUCGCUUCCCAACCAACCUCGACCCAGCUAGAGGCUGCUCUCUCAGAGUCAGAUAUGCGUGAGCGCCUAUACCAAGCAUUCGGCGGUCGACGUUAA